CUGUAUGGCAUGGAGAACUGCAGAUACAUAAGUGGAGCGAGCACUCUACACUUGUUACACUAACAAACUAACACUUUAACUCUACCCUAGUUGGCAAUAGACGGCAUUUAUACAUUCCAUUUGUAUACUCCCUAUAACACAGUAACGGACUGUUACAUAUUCAACAACGUACGAAAAAAAAACAUGAACUGGGAACCAAGAUUGAUCGUUGCUCUCGCUUUCUUGAUCGUGGCUUUUGCUGCACCACAAGGAGAGAAGGAGCUAAUUGACUUCGUUUCAUCCAUCCAUGAAAUGAACGCUGAUGGAAGCUACUCAUUUGAUUUCGAGAGUGAGGAUGACACCAAAGUCUCAGAGAGCGGCAGCCAGAAUCAAGUCGGACCUCAACCCGAGGAUAUCGGCACCGUUUCCCGCGGAUCUUACUCGUACACCUCUCCCGAUGGCGUCGUCAUCACCGUCAACUGGAUCGCCGAUGAAAACGGUUUCCAGGCCACCGGCGACCAUUUGCCCACUCCUCCUCCCAUGCCCGAACACAGGCUUCUCCGCCUUCUGACUUCUGGUGCGAACAACGUUGGUCGCAAAGCUCCUCCCAAAGGAUCUUACUCCUACAUAUCUCCCGAAGGCGUCACAUUGACCGUCAACUGGGUUGCCAAGGCAAACGGAAUCCAGGACACCGGUAAUCGUUUGCCCACUCCUCGCAUGCCCCAGCAGAGGCUUCUCCGCCUCCUCGCUGGUGCGAAUAACGCUGGUCUAUUGGCUGCUCCCAAGGGAUCUUACUCCUUCACCACUCCCGAUGGCGUCGUCAUCACUGUCAACUGGGUCGCCGAUGAGAACGGAUUCCAGGCCACCGGUGACCAUUUGCCCACUCCUCCCCCCAUGCCCGAGCACGUCGUCAGGAUGCUCGCCGACUUAAAGGCUGCCCGUCUCCUGUGAACUUGUUCUUAUACAUAACCCGCAACUAUUGGCAGAAAUCAUAAAUAAAAUACACAGCAAUUUACCUGCGGGUAAAAAGAA